AUCCAAAUCCGCAAAUCCGUGGAAAAUCUGGGGAAUUUGUCAAUGGCUCGUGUAAGAGACGGCGAAGGGGUGUAUGAAUCGACGGCGAGGCGUCCGGCAGAACCAGCGGAUGCUUCGGUCGAACCUGGAAGAGAAACCGCAGAUCCGACAGAACCAGAUGCUUCUAUGGUGAAACCUGGAAGUGAAACCGUCGGAAUGCAAAUUGAUCCUACAGAAGAAGCAGCAGUUGAUGCUUGCGAGAGUCAACCUGGAAACGAAACCGUCGAGUUGGAAAGGAAUGAUGCUGAAGGACAAGCAGUAGAGAGUCCGAUAGAACCGAGUACUGGAGCAGUAGAGGCUGCAGAGGAGGAACUCGUGGGUGCAUCAGAGGAAGAGGAAGAGACCGAUACUGCUCAGGAUACAUAUGAGGAAGAGGAUGAUGCUGCUGGUAAUGCUGGUGAAGAGGAUGAGCAUGGUGAUGUUGGUACUGGUAAAGAUGGUAUAGAGGCUGAAGAGGAUGUUGGUAUAGAGGAGGAGGCUGCUGCUAAAGAUGGUAUAGAGGAGGAGGCUGCUGAAGCUAGUAAGGACGUUGCUGGUAUAACAGCUGAUGAUGAUUCUGGUAAUGAUGAUGAUGAAGAUGAUUCCCAGCCACUGCCGCCAGAGAAGAUGUGCUUAGAUAGUUCAGAAUACACCAAAGGGUGUAAAAUAGGAACUAGGUGUAAUGUGACUGAGACAGUGAAGUUGAUAGAGAAAGAGUUUAAAGACGAGGCAAUAUGGUACUCCAUCAAAGAGCAUGCGUUGCUAACUGGGUUUAAUUGCAAGGAAUACCCGGAGAAGCAUGAGGAAAUGGGGAAUUUGAGGUUUGUGAAGAGAAUCUUCAAAAGGACUGAGAAGAUAAAGGCAUCUGAUGUAUUAGCUAAGUUGAAGGAAAAGAGGAGUUGGAAAGGAGCUGAUAAGAAGAAGUUAGUAGUCUUGUAUUUCCUAUGCAAGAUACUAAAAGCAAGCUCAAAAAGUGAUGGCAACAUAGUAUCCUUUCUCUUAAGGAUUGUUGAUGAUUUGGAUGCAUGUGAGACAUAUCCAUGGGGCAGGUAUUCAUUCUCAGAAUGUAUGAAAGGGAUCCGGAAUAUGAUGAAGAAUUUGAAUGGGUCUGUCAAACCUAAAGCUCAACCUAGCUUUAGUGGAUUCAUUGUACCUCUGGAGAUUCUGGCUUAUGAGGCUAUUCCACAUCUUGGCCUGAAAUAUAGAGUACCUGAUAUUGACAGCAUCUUGGUACCAGACCAAUAUGAGAAAUCUCUGUUGGCUGGAAUCAUUGAAGAUAAUGUUGAUGAUGGCCUGGGGGAGAUUGAUAUUAUUGUUGACAGUUGGAGAGAGCGUCUAGUAGAAAAGAAGAAAAAGAUAUGGUGGGAAGGAAUGUACCAGCUGGACCAGGCGUCCCGAGAGAUUGGAAAUAAGUUUCUUGAGAAUGAAGACCCUGAGCAAGAAGUCCCUGAGAAAGAGAGUUCUGAUAUUGCUAACCUUGUUGCAUCUAUAAACUCACUAACAGAGGUGGUGAACAAUGGCUUUCAAGCCAUUAAUGAGAAGUUGAGUGACAUGGAGAUUAGAGUGAAGACUCUUGAAGUUGCUGUGGCAUCCCAGGUUCCGGUGUUUACGCCAUAUGGGUCGCCUGUGGAAGCACAAUAUGGGACAAGAACUGAUUUUGAGGGUGGGCAGCCGAGUCAACCGAGUCAAACCAUGGAUUUGGUUAUGUAUAAUCCCAUUUCUCCAACUGUUCCAGAACAAGGUGAUGAGGAGGAGAAAAAUAAUGAGGAAGAGAUGAAAGGAAAAGAGAAGAAGAAGGGCAAGAAGACAAACAAGAGGAAGCAGCAAGAGGGUGGACCUGUAAUAGCAACCGGACAGAAGCGAACAAGGGCAGCUUCCCAACAUAUUAAGACACCAUUUGUGGAAGUGCAGCCGAAGAGAAGGAGAAAGAAGUAAUGAUUGUUUGGUGUUGUUGUCUGGUGGGAAAAACCUUAACAUU